ACAUAAGACCACCAAACCUUCUCCCCUCCUCGAGAGAGAGAGAGGGGAAGAAGCCAAGAGGAGAGAGGGAGAGGGAGACGAACACCGGAUCAGCGGCUCAGCGCCUCCCCACGUUCGGAGCUCUCGUGGCCUCGACCAACCACCGGUUCAUUCCCGUCUCCCGAAACCUCCGAGGGCUCAGAAAAAAACGGUGGCCACUGCGAAGCAUUCCGGCGGGAACGACGAGGGAGGGAUGGCGGGGAGGGCGUAGGCUAGGCGGUGAGGGGGGGAGGGGAAGCGGAUGGCGUCGUCGAGGGUGAUGGCGUCGUCGAGGGUGAUGGCGUCGUCGUCGCCGUCGCACACAGCGUCGGAUCUCGCGCGCUUCGCGGCGGCGGGGAGGGCAGGUGGCGGGAGCACCGGGCUGGGGUCGAUGAACGUGGAGGAGAUCCUCCGCGGCAUCUACGCCGACAUGCCCACGCCGGCGCUCCCGGUCGGCGGUGACCGGCCGAUGUCGCCGAUCCCGGGGGCGGACAUCGCCGCGGCGCCGAGGACGGCGGAGGAGGUGUGGAAGGAGAUCACGGGUGGGAGCGGCGGCGCUGUCGCUGGCGCCAGCGGCGUGGCGAUGGCCCCUGCUGCCCCGGCUGUCGUCGCUGCCGGCGGAGGCGCCGGCGCCGGCGCGGAGAUGACGCUGGAGGACUUUCUGGCGAGGGAGGGCUCGGUGAAGGACGACGAGGCUGUCGUCACCGGUCCCUCUGCUUCGGCGGCAGAGGGGCAGGUGGUGAUGGGUUUCCUGAGCGGGGCAGAGGGCGCCGGAGGUGUCACCGGCGGUAGGAGUAGGAAGAGGCAACUGAUGGAUCCGAUGGACCGCGCUGCGAUGCAGCGGCAGAAGCGAAUGAUAAAGAAUCGCGAGUCGGCGGCGAGGUCACGGGAGAGGAAGCAGGCCUAUAUUGCUGAGCUCGAGUCUCUGGUCACGCAACUCGAGGAGGAGAAUGCCAAGAUGUUCAGAGAACAGGAGGAGCAGCAUCAGAAACGACUUAAAGAGCUCAAGGAAAUGAAGACGCCAGUCAUCAUUAGGAAAACGUCAGCACGAGAUCUUAGAAGGACAAACUCGAUGGAGUGGUAGAUGUGAGCCAAGCUCAAUUGCCAUCCCCAUACAAUUUAUGUAGCAUUUGCUCCAUGUUUGUCAUUUCUUCUAUUUAUCGGCAGUAGCCUAGUUGCAGUAGCAAAUACAUGAGCAUUUAGGUGACACAGAGCUUAAAUGUCCGUAAUCGUGUGUGUAGGGAGGGGAGAGUACAUAUGAGCUAUAAAAGCCAUGAUGGUCCAAUUUGUAAUUUGUCGCA